CCAAUAGCUUCCAGGCCACAUCUGAAGUAGACAGCAUCGAAAAUGAAAAUACUAUGCGUUGCCUCCUGUUUGCUUUUAGUGAGCCAAUCGUAUGCCCAAAGCUGCAAUGGUCAGCUCAACGGCAGUACGCAACCGGAUCUGUCCCGAUGCAAUCGCUACUAUUCAUGUAGCAACGGAAACGCUAUUGCAAUGAGCUGUGCUGCCGGUUUGCAUUACAACGCUCAGCAAAAAGUUUGUGAUCGUCCCAUCAAUGCCGGAUGUGUGAAGUGUCCGACUAGCGGUUUCAAAAAUUUGCCAGUGGACGGGGCUUGCGGCAAGUUCAUCCAAUGUUUCCAAGGAGUGGCCAAAGAGCGAGAGUGUCCAUCCGGUUUACUCUUCGAUUCCGAUUAUGGACAGUGUAACCUCCAACGGAAUGUGAAGUGUUAAGUAUCUCGUGUAAUUCUCAGUUUGGUGAUAUCGUGGACACACGUUUUACCACUUUUUCGUUUUUAAUGAAUUAUUGGCAGUGGCUGAUUUUCUACUCGCCGCCAUCACAUCCCGGCGCUAUAGUAUAUGCGCAAAAUAGCCAGCAUGAGUUAACCGCCAGAAAUUUGUACGGCGAAAGACAUCUAACGCGGGUUUUCUCAAGACUAGGAACUAUUCAUGAAAAACUAUUUGGUACCGGUUAUGAAGGAUGGUGUCCGCUACUACGCCUACCAAAUAUUUUUUCGAUUAAGGUGCUUAAUUUCGAGUAAUCGAACCGUAGAUGCCUUUCGCCAUACUGAUUUCAGAAAGUUAACUCCUUCUGUGCCGCUGUAAGUACGCUCAAAGCAGGCGAUUCAUUUCAAAUAGAUUCUAUUUCGGAAAUAUAUGAACAGAUUAUCGUAAAACUGUAGCUACCGAACCAAUAAAAAGAGAUAACGCAUAGGAAUAGAAUAG